UUCUUUCUUCCAAAAUAUUAUUCCACAAAAUACAUCAAAACCACAAUUUUCUUCUUUUCCAUUUCAUAUACCACACCACCUAUAUUACUUUGAAAGAAAAGAAAAAAAGCACUUAUUUCAACAUGGCAGGUAAUAAGAGAAACCAAACAAGUCCUGUAGGAAGUCCAACAUCAGGAAACAUCUCAGACAGUUCAUCCUCAAAAGAACAAGACAGGUUCCUACCAAUUGCUAACGUGAGCCGUAUAAUGAAAAGAGCACUACCAGCAAAUGCUAAAAUCUCAAAAGAAGCUAAAGAAACUGUUCAAGAAUGUGUUUCUGAGUUCAUAAGUUUCAUUACUGGUGAAGCUUCUGAUAAGUGUCAAAGAGAAAAAAGAAAAACAAUUAAUGGUGAUGAUCUUCUUUGGGCUAUGACAACACUUGGUUUUGAAAAUUAUGUUGGUCCUUUGAAAGUUUAUCUUAAUAAUUAUAGAGAAACUGAAGGAGAAAAGAGUAAUUCUUCUUCUAUGGUUACUAGUACUAAACAAGAUGAUUAUGAUCUUAAUAAUUCUUCAAUUGAUGUUAAUCAUGAUGUUGUUGUUGGUGUUGGUGGUGGUGGUGGAUUUUAUUCUCACGUUAUUGAUCAUGCUCCAAAGAGAUUCCAAGAGAUUAAUGGAGCAUGGUGAUGAAACAGAUGCAAUUGAAAGUGGUAAUAGAAUCAUGCCACCAAACCUACGUUAUAGAGUUGAAUGGUAGAUAGAUAGAGCAAUGUAACAAGUUUGAUUCCUUUCCCAUUAUUAUAUAUUAAUUUCUUCGAUCACUAUUAUAAAAAUUCGACUUUUUUGUAUGUUGAAAAAAUGAUGUAUCUGAUUCUAUAUUAUAGAUCAAAUAUGUCAUAUUUUCAAUUUAUAAAAAAAUUAAAUUUAUUUAUCCCGGUGACCGGAGAGAGUAUGUUAUUAUGUUUUAAAUAAUAUUUUAUUGUAGUUACUCUGUUUGGUGAUUUGCUAGAUUGAGUGGGGGCACAAA